CACAAUUUCGUUUGCCAAAAAGAGAAGCGCGUGGUUGGCUUUUUUAGCGGCACGCAAUUUAAUGCAAGUGAAUCCUAUUAAAAAAGUUAUAGAUAUAAGCAAAUCUUUAGUGUUUUGCGUAGUGGAAAUUGCGAAAUUGGUGUACAUCGCAUCGGGCUAGUGUACAACGCUCGCCUCGUGCGCUGCUUUCAUAAUGUCUGAUGCAAAUUCGAAUGCGAAUGGCAAUGGAAAUGAAAAUGCUCGAGCACAGGAUGAAGAAUUGCCAAACGACAUUGCUUUGGAUAAUGCCAUCUUUGCCGCAGCCUAUCAGAGCGAUGAUGAACCAGCUGAUGAGGAGCUGGAGGCUGACGCACAAAGCGAGGACAAUUCGAAUGAAGUAAACGCGGAGGGUGAAGAUGAUGCAGAGGAUGCCGAAGUAGAAGUUGAUGGAGAGGGCGAAGAAGGCGAUAAUGAUGGAGAUGGCGACGCAGCUGUUGAAGAUGAUGAUGCCGAUGCUGAUAAUGCCAAUGCAGAGGAUGACCCUGCGGCAGAUCGGCGUUCGGCAACCAAAAGAGAACUUACGCAAAUCAUAGAUAAAUGGGAGCAGGAGCAAACACAGAGUGGCUACGAUCCAGUGCCCACCCUCAGAAGUCUGGCGGAGAUCUUUGAGCGUGAAAAGGAUGUAUACAUGCGAAAAGAUCCCGAUCCACUGGACUUAAGACAUCCCUAUAGAACCGAUCCAAGUUGCCAAUAUGGGUUGAUGCUUAAACUGCUCUUUCGCAAGGAUCAGUUCAUGGGCAAACUGCUUAAUGACUAUCUGAGGGAAAACUACUUUAGUCGGCAAAACGUAAGUCGCAGCUCCCUUGAGCUGAACAUCAUUGCUUGUCGGCUAAUACUCGUCGUUAUGCCUGGCCUUGAGACAACAGCAGUAUUUCAGACUGCCGAGGAGGACGGCAUCAUCAGUCGUCUUUAUAACUGGGCAGAAGAUAGCAUUGAACCACUUCAAAGCUAUGCCACAGGUCUGUUAGCCGCUGCCAUGGAGGUUAGUGAUAUUGCGAUUAGUUGUCGCGACCAGAAUAUGCGAUUGGUGCCCAAGAUGAUCAAUCGCCUGCACAUGCUACUUGCCUGUAGUUGCAUGAGCAAAAAUGCCACAGGAGAAGCUAGCACUGCGCAUAACAACUCUGCGGACAGCAGUUUCUCGUCGGGUAUGCUCAGCUGGAUGGCUUGUGGCGCUGCCUCAGCGCCGCAGUCGCCGCAACAUAAUGGCGCUAGUGGUAGUGCAUCAAAUAUGUCGAUAUUGUUUGAGAACAGCCGGGACGCGUUUCCAUUGUCACGCUAUUAUAAGCGCAUGUAUAUACCGCUCCAUCCGCCCACUGCAGACACCAGCCAGAUGCUCAUCAUGCGCUUCCUAACCAGCCUAGGCGAGUACCAGGAAUUCCUGGGUAUGGCGUUUGGCAACAAUGUUAUGGUGCUUAUUUUUAGCCACCUGGAAGAGCUGGACAGACGAGACACUUGCCUUGCCUAUGAGGUGCUCAAGUAUCUUGCCUCCUUGCUCUGUCACAAGAAGUUUGCUUUAGAAUUUAUUUCCCAUGGUGGUCUGGAGCUACUUUUGAAUGUGCCACGACCAAGUUUGGCCACAACGGGUGUAUCCAUUGCGAUAUACUAUUUGGCGUACUGUGAGGAUGCCAUGGAACGCAUUUGCAGCAUGCCACGUCCAUUAAUUUCGAAUCUGGUGCGUUAUGCUCUAUGGAUACUGGGAAGGUGUCAUGAUUCGUCCAAAUGUCAUGCCACCAUGUUCUUCAGCUUGAGCUUUCAGUUUAAGGUCAUCCUCGAUGAGUUUGAUGCCCAGGAUGGCUUACGAAAACUCUACAAUGUUAUUUCCGUACUGAAAAUUCUGGAUCCCAGUCAUAAUGAUAGUGAAAAUGCCUCAGAUAUCAACGAGGAUGUUGAAUGUGCUUCCCGUCAGAUGGUUCGACACGUUUGUGUUGCUCUCAAGCGCUAUAUGGAAGCGCAUUUCUUUUACAAGUACAACAACUUCAUAUGCCAACACUACGCUACCUCGUCCUCAUCGUCGACGCACUACUUCAGCCAACAUCCGACAGUGGCAGCUAAACUCACAUUUGAUCAGUUGCAUGAGCAGAUAAGAACGCUCCAAGAGCAUACAUCAGUGCGGGCACAUUGGGAACCAGUGGAUCAGCUACUAAAACUAGGUGGAAUAACGAUGUUGUUGCGCAUCAUUGCCUUCAGCUACGAAUGGGUGAACAGCGGACGCUCGGAGACCGUCCGUUCAGCUCUCGAUGUGCUUAGUGUAUGCUGUGUGAUACCGCGCGUCUAUCUGGUGCUUUGCGAACGCCUGCAGAUGCUAGACAAGACGACAACGUCUGGCUUCUGUUCGGUACUGGGAGCUGCUGCCGGCGAAAUCACAGCCGAUGCUGAAGUCUUAAAAUCUGCGCUGGCCGUCCUCUGUCAUUGUGUCUGCUCACCAAUUAUUCGUAAAGACAGUGGGAGCAGUCUAAUGAAAUUUGGCAACUCGUCGCGCAAGAACAAAGCUAAUCAAAAGUAUGCCGAGGAACUGAUCGAAAAGGUCUGGGAGUCUGUGUGCUCCAACAAUGGUAUUGUGGUGUUGCUAUCACUCAUGCAAACCAAAGGACCCAUUACAGAUGCCGACUGCAUACGCGGCAUGGCCUGUCGAGCAUUGGCCGGUUUGGCGCGCUCCGAUCGUGUGCGUCAAAUUGUUGGCAAACUACCGUUGUUUGCCAGUGGACAGCUGCAAGCUCUUAUGCGAGAUCCCAUAUUGCAAGAGAAGCGAGCGGAGCAUGUGCUCUUCCAAAAGUAUGCACUGGAGCUGCUCGAACGCAUUUCUGGCAAGACAAAACCACUGAACAACCCUCUGGAUCCAUCGCUGACUAACAUGCACAAGGCCAACGUAAUUGCUCAGACGCGCAUUCAGUACAACGAACAGCAAUUGUAUCAGCUAAUCUUCGAGCACCUGGAGAGCAAAGGACUUGGUCAAACGGCUCAGAUGCUGCAGCGUGAGGUCGGAUUGCCAUUGCAGACGACAACAACACGCAACUUUCAUCAGUCGCCAUUCGACUAUAAAGGUUUCUCCGGCAUUAGUUCAAUUUCACGUAGUCGACUGCGCAACCGCAUGCAAGAUGUGAAUGCGGCUAUCAUGUCUAGUGGGGAGCCAAGUCGCAGUCAAGCAGACGAUACAUCGCUCCACUGUAGCAGCAGUGGCAAUGCAUCCACGAGCGGAUCGGCUACUGCACCAGGCAUACCUAACUUCAAUCAUCUCAGCGCACAGACGCCCAUAAAGCUGAGAAAGACGGAGCGUGCCACAUCCUCCGUCAGUCGUUCACUACAGAAGCAAAUUAGUCUGGGGAAUGCAGAGUCCAGUUCCGUAGGAUUGACAGAUGACCUGGCUAUCUCGCCAGCGCUGUAUCCCAAGCGGGUCACUCUUAACAGCAUCGUGACUGAGUAUCUGACGAAUCAGCAUUCACUUUGCAAUAAUCCGGUGACAACAUGCCCACAAUUCGAUCUGUACGAGCCGCACAAGUGUCCCGAUCCACGUCCCAGCCGUCUACUUAGCUCCAACUACAAUCUGACUUCCAGACACUUUCGUACUCAGGCCGGAUUUAAUACUGCACGAUUCGAUCGUCGUCAUGUUCAUACACACUUUGCACCAUGGCGUACAAUACGCUCUGCUGACUAUGAUGAUCUGGAGUUCACUUGCUGUGACGUUGUGGGCAAUUAUCUUAUUGUUGGCACACAUCAGGGCGAAAGCAAAGUGUUCAACAUGAACGACGGCGUGGAACAGUUCUCCUCCAUAUGUCACACAUAUGGCGUGGAUGCAAUACAGGCGAAUCGAGGCGGCGAUCUGGUACUGACCACUAGUCUGUGGCGUAUUCGUACUACAAUUCUGUGGUCCAUUACCGACAAUGAAUUCCGCUCCAAGUUGCGUCUGCCCGAUGUCGGAUACUGCGAGUUUAGUCAGACAACUCAGGAUCGUUUGCUGGGCACACACAAUGAUUGUGCGGUACUAUAUGAUAUUAAUACGGGUUCAAAAGUCUCAACCUUUACACCGACCAUACCAAAUCAGUACACAAAGAAUCGCGCGACGCUGUGCCGUACAGAUGAGUUGCUGUUAUCAGAUGGCGUGCUUUGGGACGUUCGCUCCGGCAAAGAAAUUCAUAAGUUUGAUAAGUUCAAUCAGUGUAUAUCGGGUGUAUUUCAUCCUAACUGCCUGGAGAUCAUUGCCAACACAGAAGUUUGGGAUCUACGCACGUUUCAUUUGCUGCAAACGGUGCCGGUGUUGGACCAAAGGAACUGCACAUUCUCGCCUAUGCAUGUGAUAUAUGGGGCCAGUUUAGGUGCCGAUAGAGACCACGAUAUGGAGACGACUACCUAUGAUACCAGCUUUAAUGUACUCGAUGCAUACGACUAUUCGAGCAUCGCAACCAUUGAUGUGAAGCGCAACAUUAACGAUCUAAGCGUUAGUGCAAAUGGCAGCCUAAUUGCCGUUGUAGAGGACCACACCGGUUACGAUUCAAAGCAGGAGACCUAUGUGAAGAUCUAUGCCGUUGGUGUUAAAAAGAGCGAGCGCUCGGAAGAGGAAGAUGAUGAGGAGGUGCCCGAAUCCAAUGAGGAGGGCUCUGAUACGGGAUCGGAUACGGGCUCUGAAAAUGCAUUUGCAAUCGGUCCGAAUUUCAUGGGUUUCCCGUUACGUAGCCAUCGCAAUCGGAAUGUCAUUAGUGAAUCCUCCAGUGGUGAAGAUAAUGAUAGCGACCUGGACGAUAGUGAUGAUGACGAUGACGAUGAUAUUGAAAUUUUGUCCAACAUCGAUGAAUUGGAUUUUGAUGGCGAACCCAGUAGUGAUGAUUGAGCCCUACUCCGCUCCAGUCCAAACAACUAACCCACAAUAUCCUUCGCUGCAUUGGCUCCUACAACUCCUCGCAACUCUCUGUGCCAGCACAUCGAUCGGUUUAUCAAUUACAUUUUCAAAGCGUUGGGAACUUGUAGUUCUUUAGUCUCUGUGUAAAGCAUGUGCUCUAAUGACAUUUAGUUUUCGUAAGCUGUUAUCUUAAAUUAUACUUUAUGUUGAAGUUUGUACAAUAAAAAUGAAAAUGUAACACAACAAAGCAAAGCAAAAAACAAAAUAAUUUUACCUGUUAAGAAUCAAUUGUAAAAAUUGUUCAACAAUUUGAAAAUGUACAAAGUUUAUUAAAAUUAUAUACUUUUCUAUUAAUAAAAAUAAAAGCAUAUUGCAAGAAAGAAAA